AACAGCGAAAAUGGAUUUGAGCGGAACUCCUUUUCCUGCUUUUACGGGUCGCGAGGACGACAAGAGGCCAUCACCUACGCGGUCUUCAGGAGGUGAAGGAAGAAGACGCAAGGUGGCUCUUGGUGAAGAAACUUCUUCUUAUGGCUCUUCUGCUUCUGCAGAAGAUGCCUCCUUGAACAGAACUAUGGUGCCUUUCGUGCUCCGUCAGUCUUCCACGUCCAGUCCCGCCUGUCCUGUCUGCUCUUCGUCUCCUCUCCGUGUGGAUGGUCCCACAAAUGCAGAUCGGGCGAUGCGAGACUCUGCGCAUGUCGCUUCACGCGCCUCCACUCCUUCUCCCCGUCCUUUUCUGCACUCUCUGUUGCCUUCGCCUAGUCGGAAUCUCUCAUGCCCCCUGCCGCGGGAUAAGAGUGCAGAAGAGGCCCUCAGUCUCCCGACUCGGCUUGCCGUCCCUAGCCUGUCUCUUCACGUUGGAGAGUUUUUUGAGGAAUACGGAGCAGCUGUUGACAAGGUUUCCUGGCGCGGAUUCGCGGCGAAUUUGAGAAGGUCUUCUCCUGUCGACGCUGUUUCCGCCGUUGCGGACCUCUCUUCUGCUUCUCGUUCCUCCUCUUCCUCGUCAUGUGCUUCGGCGAGCAUCCCGCCUGUCCAACCGCUUUCUCUGCGAGGCGUUGCAUUCGAAUAUGGUCAUGACGUUGUCUCUUCAAGGAGCGAAGCUCUGUUUUUUCCAUCUUUUGAUGAAAAAGAAUUCCUCUCGAGGCCGACGUCGGUGGCAUCCUCUUCUGUUUCACCGUCCUCUGCUGCCUCCUGCGCUGGCCCGUCUUUCUGUUCUUCUCCAGGCCUUGGCGUAUCCGUCGCUGAGUCGAUGUCUCUUCCUCCGAAUUGUGGCAAUGCCCCAGGGAACAGUGGAGACUCAGAUCUACUGGCGACUCUGUCUAGCUCCCAACUUCACACAGGGAAUCGAAGGACUUUGUCUAGAGAUGCCGAGCGUGCGUCUUUGUUUUCUCCUUGUUCUCUCGUCAGAAGCGCUUCUACGUCGCCCCGGUCAGCUGUCUCUGCAGGCGAGGGACGCUCUGGAGAUUCCUGCUCAAAGACUUGGUUUUAUCCGUUGUUGCGUCGCGGACGCCCCAUGUAUUCUUCGUCUCUCUCCGUCGACCAUCCCCGUGUUCCUUUAUCUGAGACAUCAGAUACACCUUUCUCUUCUUCCCUUCUUCCGUCUUCCUCGCACUUUCCUGAUAAUCUUCUUCGGCCUACCGUUCCCUCGUCGCUGCCCUUGCUCGCGUCGCUCUCGCCCUUGUGUUUCUCGACAUCUCUCUCUCCGUCUGUCUUCCUCUCGCCUUCGUCUCGGCUCUUUGUCUCUCCUCUUCGCCCCCUUUUCUGCAGCUCUCUCUCGACUUCUCUCUUCGCUUCUUCUUUUCUGGCGCCCCGAGGCUUCUACGCCUCUUCAGCAGUCCCCCCCACUUCGUCUUCUUCGCCGCCUUCUUCUUCCUCUGGGCCUUCUCCCGCUCCACAAGGUCAGCCGUCUGCGCCUAGGAGGAAGCGAGGUCGGGGGAUUCGUUUUUUUCCGGCUUUUCCUGUGCACCGCUGUCGGGGUGUGUCUUUCACAGCUCCGGAGACAGGCGAGAAAGUCUGCUACGGUCAGUUCGAUGAAGGCGCAGGCAUUCUCUUGGUGUCCCCGGAGGUCCUCGACAGCAUGAGUCUCGCCUCGCGCUCACCCUUCUUCGAUGGCUUCGUCCUCAGACAAAUGACUCCCAACGUGGUCCACAAUCAAGUCCACCGCGAGGUCUCUGCCUUCCUCGCCGCUGCAGCCAAACUCGGAAAGGGCGAUGCCGCCUCACAGACUCCUGGAGACAAGGAAACAGGAGACAAGGGAGACGCGGGAGAUGGACAGGAGGCGAAGAGCGCUGUGGGGGGAACCUCUUCCAGUCGCAAUCGGACGAAUGGAAAGGGUCUUUAUGUGAAGAAAUUGUCGGGGAGUUUGACGACGCCCCAGCUUGCCGCACCCAUUCUCACGGAGCUCGAACAGAACGGACGGUGUAGCGUUCCUGUGCAGUUCAUCGAAUUCAAGCGUGGAAAGGAAAAGGAUCUAAACCUCUGCGUCGGCGACUGCUACUGGUUGGGUCUGAAGAUUCCUCUCCAGGCGUGUAAUCCAUUUCUUCUCUCGCGGCAAGAAGGCAUGCUGGAGUACUACACAGGCACUCCUAGCGUGUCUCCACCGGAGGCGUCUGGGGGGACUGACGGCGGGCUGAGGAACCCGCAGGACGGAGACCGGCGACGCGCCGCAGGCGGACCUGGCAACAACAAGGGAGAAGCUGAGAGAGACGCGAGGAUGAAUGCAGACGGAGGAAAGGAGAAAAGCGACAAAGCCAGAGAGGAGGACGAGCUCUGGACACCUCGGGGGACUUUGGAGGAUGUCGGCAACCACGUGAUGGAAAUGUGCAAACGAGCGGCAGAGGCGGUUCCGAGCACAGUUUCGUCAGUCGCCGGCAAAGUCCAAGAGGCAUUCCCACGCUCUGCAGAAGAGGCGAUGGACCGAGGGAAAGGUUGGGUGAAAUUCUCACAUGCAACAUACGAGCGGCUCACGACGCAUGCAAUGUCCGUAGGCGAAAAUCUACGUGUGACGAUUGUGGAAUUUUGGAGAAGCUGGACAGGCCCGUCGAAAGGAGGGGGAGGAGCAGAUGGAGAACCGAGUAUGUAAUGCGUAUCCUGAGGGGAACUCAACAGAGAGCCUGAAUAAUGCUGUGCUUUUCCCACUUGAUUUUUUUCCGUCCACACGCUGGAGGAACUAGCUCGCAUUUCGGCCCGUGGGUGCCCUUUCUUUUUUUUGUCCCCGAAUUGGUACAACAACAAACGUGUUUAGCAGCAGCCGGCACUCGUUUGCUACACGAGGGGAUUAGAUGGACUUGAUGUCACCACAAAUAGCUUAAUUCUUCGCAACUUUUGUAGCCGCUCGUUUGACUGGAGAGACGGACAGACACCGAACGAGGAAUAGAGUACCACGUCCGGCUAGGAACUGGCCAACCCAUGCAGCUGCCGUAGACCUGUGCUGUUGAACCGAGUGCUGUUAGAGUGGAACGUGCUAGAGAAAACGGACGGACGUAAGUCGACAUAGAAUCAAAACUCUUCCGCAACUACACAGGACAGUUACCCGAGCAAUUCGGACCGCUUUUACUCAUACACUGCGUGUCUGUGUGGAGGCCGAUAUCGGCCGCUAACAAAAUCUCGAAAUUGUUAGGCAGGCACUUGUACAACGUGAUCGACUUGCUGCUUCCGUGUCUUCCAGUGCAAGGUGUCCAAUUUUUGUCGGCGGCAACUGUACCUCCUGAAACCUUGAGACGGCAAAAUUGAAUUCGCAGGAGCACA